AUGGAUAGAAUUUCACUGUUACCAAGAGAGAUUCUUCACCAAAUACUCUCUCUUCUCCCAACUAAAACUGCUGCUCGAACCGCUGUGUUGUCCAAGCUAUGGCUUAAAGCAUGCUAUACCAAUCCCCAUCUUAAUUUUGAUCAGUUUAAUUUCUACACUUCUUCUGAUGAAUCUGAUUUCGACACUUCUGAUGAUGAAUCUGAUGAUGAAGCUGAAAUUGAAGCUGAUUUUGAACCACGGCAUAGCGAUAGAUUUUACGAAUCUCAUGUCGAAUUCUCAAGGAUUAGACAAAUUUCCAUAAUGUAUGACACUAUAAUGGAUACCGAGCAGUUGAUGAACUUAUGGAGAUCUCUAGUUGAGUUGCGUGAUCAGGUUGUAGAUUUGACAUUGCCUAGUAUUGAUAAGGAUUUGAGAUUAGCAAGUGAAAUUGAUCAUCUUCCUCCGCCUGAAGUUGACAAUUUAUCAUCUUACUGUCCGAAUUCAGCAUAUUCAUCUUACUUUGAUCUCCUCUUCUAG